ACGUAAAAUAAAAUAAAAUAAAACAAAAAACAAAACGGCACGGGAGCUAACGAACCCGAUAAAACGUAACAGGUUUUUCAAAACUCGAAUCAGCCUCGAUAUCUUGCAGUCUUCAUUAUCUUUGUGGCAGGAAUGUUAUCCUUUUAACAACGAUACAUUUGGGUGGUUAUUAAUUAUGGCACGUGCUAUAUUAUUGGUGCUUAUUUCAUUUGUGUCACACCAAGUGGUACUUACGGAGGUAUGGACGUCGCCAUGUCCGAAGUACUUUCAGUACGAAACAAGGAGGGAACAGGAUAAGUGGUACGGGAAACUGGUACUAAAAACAGAUACGAAUUUAAUCGACGGAGUUUGGCUCAUUUUGGUGUUCGAUAAGCCCGUGAUACAGUUAGGAACGCAGUUCGGACAGAAGAUUAUUAGAUUAAAGCCCAACGAAUUUAUCGUACAGAACUUGGGGUACACUUUGUAUGCUGACAUUUCUAUUGACGUUAGGUUCUUCGUCAAGUACGACAAACAAACAGCUCCACCAAAGCUUCAAGAAUUCAGAUUGAAUGCAAGAACAGUUUGUCCGGAACAAGCACCUCCUACAACAACUGAAGGACAAUUCAUCACCAGUGAUCCAUUAGAUGUGGGAUUAUCGGACAAAAUCAAUUCUAUAUUCGGGUCCAACGACAAAAAACCAGGACAAGUUUUACAAACCAUGAAUACUGUGUUUGUUCAACGUCCCAUUUUGGAGUUUCCGGACGUCCCUUGCGGAAAAAUAGCUGAGCAACCCGUUGGUCUUAUAGCUUUUGGAGAAAACACCCUCCCAGGACAGUGGCCCUGGCACGUAGCCAUCUACAACUACAUAGAUGCUCAGAUGAGAUACACGUGUGGGGGAAGCCUGAUCAGCAAAAAGCACGUGCUGACAGCAGCUCAUUGUGCCACUGAACCCAGAACCACCAACCCCUUGAAGUUGGACAUCAUAACUUUGUACCUUGGAAAACAUGAUCUGAGGAAGUUCGGCAGUGAGGUGCAGGAAAGAGAGGUUUCCAAAAUAACUAUACAUCCUAAGUUUACUCACAACAUGUUGAAUAAUGACAUUGCCAUUUUGACGAUGUCGAAUCCUGUUAAAUAUACAGAGUAUGUGAGACCUAUUUGUAUAUGGACAGAUUACACACCGAUCGAUAUCGUUCAUGACAGAUUGGGAACUGUCGUUGGAUGGGGCUUCGACGAAAAACAACAACUAUCCAACCUCCUAAAACAAGUCGAAAUGCCAGUCGUCACACACGGCGACUGCAUACUCUCCAACAGCGAGUUCUUCUCCAAAGUGGUCAACGACAACAACUACUGCGCCGGCUUCCGCAACGGCACCUCCGCAUGCAACGGAGACUCCGGCGGCGGCAUGUUCUUUACGAAAUCACUGACGGGUGGCCUGAACACGAUCUGGCACAUCCGCGGAUUGGUCUCCAUUGGGGUGGCAUUGCAGGGACAGUACAUUUGCGACAACAAACAGUACGUCGUGUUCACCGACGUGGCCAAGUACUUGAAGUGGAUCGACAGUGUUAUAAAAGAAUGA